AUGGAAUUAUGGUUAAAAGGGCAAUUUGGUCAAUUGUGUCCGGCAACCACCAGGUGUCGAACACGCACAAGUUUCGGCUCAGAUUCCAAAGUGGAAUUUGGGUCGGGUCCUGUCAAUUUUGGUAUGAAGGUACCCAAAAUCCUAUCAGGUAUGAUGAGGUCGAAGAAGGCCAUGGUUGGAGAAACAAGGAGAGAGAUUGAAGAUGGUUUUUCAGAGGUUUAG